GCCAUGUUUGAAAUUGAUAAGCGUGCAGACGACGACAGAUGCCAUAAUCUAAGUGCAUUAUCUUUUUUUUAUGAAACUCAUUUAAACAAUGAAGCCGUUUAAGGUCCCUGGUGUAGAGACCAGGCUCUUGCAACACAACGACACUGUGUACAAAUUCAGAAUCCAGUGCGCAUGUCAGGAUGGUGUCCUUGCUGUGCCACAACAGCAAAUACAGAAGGAACUGGAGCAAGUAGUGAGAGCCGUGCUGUACAUGAGAGAUCCCAGGUACAACCCGGGGCCCAUCAAAACUAGAAACUGUCUUGUGAGAUUUCAUCGAAAACCGUGGUAUAUAUCUGUAGCUGACAAACAUGGUUUUAAAAGGCAUGGAAAAGAAUUGAAAGCAAAUUCUCAUUGUACCAUACUUGAUGUCUUAAUUCGAGGUACUAGUGAAACUGAAGUAGGAGGUGGAAGUAAUGGCAAUUGUGUCACAAUGCCCUCUGAAAAAUCAAACAGGCCCAGAAAAAACAAGAUGAGUGUUGCUGAUAAAAGAACCCCUGAUGAUGAUAUUGAGUUACCCAGUAUAUCUCGUCCAUCAAAGAAGACAAUACAACCGCACACCAAAACUUCUACACAAAGACAACAGCAGGUUGGGAAAGAUAAUACUGCAGUUGAAAGACUGGCCCCUGUUCAAGGAGAGGUUGAUCACCAAUCUACUGUUAGAAAUGAAAACUCUUCUGUAGCAGUGUAUCCCAAUACACGAUCAAAAGCAAAGGCCUACAGAUUUAAGUCUAAGGCAAAAUCUGCUGAAAUGCCUGGUAAAACUAGUAUUAGGAGUCAAAUUUUGAGUGAGAGACUGAAGAAAGUGAAGGAAUACCGAUCAAAAAAAUCAAGAUCUGAAGCAUCUCUAAGACCGAGUGUGCAAAGCAGAGAGAAGGUGAUAUUGAAGAACAGAGCUCUUUCAUCUAGAAAUAGCAGAGGCAAAGUUAAUGAGAGGGAUGUGGCAUAUUUUGGGAGGUGGAAAACUAAGGAAAAAGCACAUAGGAAGCUUACAGGCAAUCCCCUGAAAAAUAGAAAUAGUGAGGGUCCAGCGAGUUCUAGACAUCCUGGAAGUGCUAAGAUUAAAAACAGAUUCUCCUUAAGAAACAGAUGCAACUCUUCUAGGGAUUCAAGCACUAAAAGCGACAAAUUGGAAACGAGAUCUGUAAAAUUAAGGAUUAAAAAGCAUCCACUCAGCAAGAACAAGGCACAUAUUACAAGGGCUGUUUCUUUGACUACAGACUCCAUGAGAAAUAAAGCUGAUGCAUUUUCAGUGAGCUCUCAUGUGAAGCACAAGUUGUCUGAUAAAAGCAAUAGAAAUGUGGCUCUGGAAAGACAAAGGUCUUUGAAUCACGUUGAAGUUCAAGAGAAUCGAAUGCAGAACUCGUCAGUCAUCAAACACAAAGGGACCAGAGUACAGCUACAGCCACCACCAGGUCGCAGCUCACCAAGAAAAUCCAAGUCCACACCAGCAGUGCUUUCUGACACUGACAGCAUGUAUAACCUAAGGUCUAGUUCUAGGAGAAUGCGUCCUGAUCGUCACAUCAUAGAAGUAGAGGAGCUGCAAGAGGAUAUGAAAUUGCAGCAACUGGCAAGGUCAGAUCCUGUUCCUGUGCCAGAUCUGUCCAAGACUGACAAUCAAGGGAAUGCAAGCCGAAAGUCUUUUCUAAAAAAUGUGAUGGAUGCCUUCGUGACCCCAGUGAAAAGAAUGAUUCAGGGAGAUGGCCAGUGAACCUAGACCCAUGUUCCUGCUACACACCCAGUCAGGAAUGUGGCCAGUUCUUCUACUCAUAGGAUAAUUUGGAUGGUCUCUUUCAAAUUCAUGUGUAAACCACUGAUUUAAGAGGAGAUGAACUCUUUUACUUUAAUUUGUUGAACACAUAGUCGGGUUAUGCCUUUGUGAUGUCAGAGGAAAAAGUUUUGUAUAAUACCAACAGUGAAUUGUUCAAUGAAGAGAAAUAUUCUUCAGUUAUAAAUUAAAGGAAUCUUUAUCAGUGGCUUCUGCAAGUGAUGCUUUUGUUGCACAGCUCAGGAAUUGUUGUGUGCACUAAUAUUUAUUUGUGCUGGCUACAAACAAACAACUCACCAAGGCAGUAAAUCAUUUUAGACCCACUGAGCUUGUAUCAAUUACAAGCAUUCACAUAAUGAGACAAAAUAUAUGUAUUAAAAAAAAACAUGGUCGAACAUAUAGAUAUUUAAUUUUGAUAUAUAUUAUAUUAGAUAAUAUAUAUGUUGUUAGAAAUAAUUUUAAAAAAUUGACAGAAUUCUCUGUACUGACUUAAUCCCAGUAUUGUUGACUUUUUUCUUUAAUUUCCAGUACAGAGUAAUUUUUCGGUAAACUGUGGCUGCUGAAAGUCUCUGGCCAAUUACAAAUAUUUUGAUUUCUAAAACCAUGAAGAAUUCUUAUAUUUUAAGAAAUGGUAAAUAAGCAACAAGAGAUCCAAAGUAAAAUGAAGAUUUUUGAACUUUUAUUUUACUGAAUAAGCUUGUAAGGCACUGUUAUAUGUGAAAAAUCUUUCAGUUGUAAAGAAAAAGAAUAGUGAGUGGAGAAUACCAUUUACUCUUUGGUGUCAAAAGCAUGUCUUUUACUUUCCAACAUAUGUUACAGUUUGUUAUCCAACUUCUCCAAUUUCUUUCUUUCAGCAGGCUAUCACAUUCAAGAAAGCUUUCACACUAUUGAAUUUUAUUUAUUAUUGUUCAAUAUUUCUGUAAAUCUAAACACAAAGGAGAAGUCUUAUCAUGUGGUGGGGUAACUAAGAUUCCAGGCAGCAUGUACAAUUUACAUGAAAAAGUUGAGUCAUGAUUUAUUUGUUUGAAAAAAUAAUUAAAUCUAUAUUUGUCCUGAAAUAUUUAAAGUCUGCAUGAUAAAGAAUAUAUAUGUCAACUUUUGAUAAACAUGUGAAAUGACUCGAUGGUGAGAUUAACUUGUCUUGUUUAGAAUGGGAAAGUUUUCUCUAGUCAUUUUGGACCAUACUGAUACUAGCUUUGACUAUAUAUCAACAUAUUACAUGUACCUGUACCUCUCGGACCCAAUACGCAGCAUGCAGUACACUUUUCUGUUGCACCCUAAUCAGAGAUGGACAACCUAAUAUCUUCGUUCAAGGUAGUAAACCAAGGCCUGGUAACUCGAAAGUAUCGCGUAUUGCGAAUAGCAAUAUCAUAUAGAGGCUACAAUGUAUUAGAUGGGGCUAGUUAUGGAAUCGAGAUGCUUGCGCUCGGUUGCAAUGCGCCAUGCUUUCGAGUUAUGGGGCCCAAGUUGAUUUACUGGAGGAAUCAGUUGGACAAGAAGUUGUGAAAGGGGGUAAUACACCCAUCAGUGUAAAGUACAUGUCAGAACCAUUCAAAAUGGCGUGGAAUAUGAAGUUAUACAACAUGAUGUGAAAACGGUGUCAGUUGGUCCUUAAACAUAGAAUGGCCUAUUUGGGUCCAUGUUAGCACGUAUAAAAUAUGCUUCCUGUCAAUAAUUUUUUUUCUUUUCUUUUUUUUUACCAGGCAAGGGAGCAUAAAGAUAUCAAAGUAGAUAGAUGAUACUUUUUUUUAAUUUAUAACAUAUAUCUAAUCUAAUACAAAAAAUGUGUAUUCAAUAAAAAAAAUGUAAUUUCAGGAAUUUGAAUGUUUUUUUAUUAAAAUAUACUAAUAUAAGUACAAUUUCUCAAAACAAUCUGGUACAAGCAAGGAGUGCAUUACAAUUUGAUUGUAUUCAAACAAAAUCAGCAUUUAAUUCCAAUUAUAAAAAAUAACCAUCUUUGCAAGAUUUUUUUCUAAAUUACUACACAAACAAAAUUUGGUUAAACCAAGGAAAAAUACAAUUUGUAUUAAAACAAUGAGUAAUGACUGUUAAACUUCAAAGAUUUAUACAAAAUAUUCAUCACAAGAUUUACACUAAAUUACUACACUAACAAAACAAUUUGGUUAAACGAUGGAAUGAAGUACAAUUUGAUUGCAUUACAAAAGGUCUAAUGCUUAACUUAUUAUACAACAAAAUAAGCUACAUCGAAAAAAUAUAUACAAACUAAUCAACUGAAGAUUUUACUAUUAUACCACACAAUUAAGACAACAUGAUUAUUUUUAUAAAUGGACAUAUACAGAAGAAACACAUUUCCAGUCAAUAUAACUAAAUAUUUUUUAGAAUAUGAUGGGAGGUUGAUAAAAAAAAAUUCUUUAACAGUCACAUGUUAAGAUAAUUGUUACUAGGUUGUCAUAGAUCUUGUUUAGGGCAAGUCCUAGACUAAUGUGCAAGACAGAUGGUGAACUAGUUAAUGUUAUGUUACAAUACCUCUACUGUUUAUCCUGGGCAGCUAAUUAUUCCUAUUCUCAGCUGUGUUAUAAUCAUUUAACUAUACAUAACUCUACAGUUUUCUAUAUACCUUGUGAAAUAGUUUGUAAGUGGGAGAAAGGAGAGAGAAUUGCCAAGUACUUUCUUUGGUGCAGUCUACAUUAAAGGCCCAGUCACAAAUCAGUUGCGAUGUGUCGGGGAUGGGUAAAACCCGGGAAAUUUGAACAAAUCUUG